AUGGACAACGUUUCGAUCUCCACCGAUGACAUUGCAUCAGAGGAGGGCCAGGGCCAAACGGCUGUAAUGCCUCCGGCAUUGCGGCUCUUGGACAUCUUGACUAUUUUGUUCGAUGGCUGUCCUAAAGCAACUCUGGCGUCAGCGGCGCAAACUUGCAAAUUGUGGUCGAUCCCGGCUCUGAAACGCUUGUGGCGAGUGCUUGAUACUCUUUUGCCUUUCCUUCGGCUGCUCUUUGAAACGUGGCCUCCUGUUUCCGAUAACAGAAAUUUCGAGCCAAGGAUCCAAUUUUAUGCACAAUUUGUUCAAUCUAUCACCGUUCAUAUUGGAUACGACAGCAUUCAUCCCCUGCUAACCAGCGUGCUUACCCAUGCGGUACAGUUUUUACAACCACCUCCGUUCCAGCAUCUCAUUUCUUUGGAUUGCUUCUUCAAUGGACCAGAGGCAACCCGGGAGGCCGGCAUUUGGCUUGCUAUACGCCCUCCCAAGAUCUCGCUCUCUUUCUUGAGUUCAACAGAAGCCACCUAUCUUUCAGUCAUUCGAUCGCUCUAUCAUCACGGCGCCUCCUUAACAUUCCUCAGUCUGCACAUGGACAAAACUUCAGAACUUAGUGAAGCCGUCAAAGAGUGCAUUGUGAAUGCAUUGAAACCGCUGGAUAACCUUGCUUGCUUGGCUGCAGACGGACACAUUCUCUUUACCCCAACCGUCUGGACGUGCAUCGCGCAAUUACCCAACUUGGAAGAAGUCCGCUCGCCAUUCUUCAAGGGGGGAUUCCACGCCACAUCCGGUUCCUCAGCCUGGCUUAGUUUCGAACCUUCUACAUUGGAUGCUCCAUUCCCCUCCCUUCGCACUCUCGAGAUGGUUGUCCCAUCCAAGUUAGCAGCCAUCAUUUUAGGGUAUUAUCCCUUGGAUGGCGUCCAUUGUCUUGGACUGCUACUGACAGACAACAAGAACGAUCCGCCAACAGAGCAGUCGCUAAUCCAAAUAGUCACCAGUUGUAAAUCGUUGCAUCGAUUACUCCUCGUCGCCCCUUAUUCUAGGCUCCCUGUACUGCAACUGCCUCUAUCUCCUGAUCUCACUCAUUUGGUGGUCUGCACUGAUAGUGUUGGGACGAUUGAUAAUGCCGACUUGGUAUAUCUAUGCUCUAAGACGCCCAACCUCGAAGCAUUGGAGUUGGUCCCUACACGGGUCCUUGGAAAUCCGCGCCUAACGCUGGAAGUCAUACGAUCAAUCGCAGAGGUAUGCCCUCGUCUUGAGCGCGUUUCGUUGUACGUCGAUACGGACGUCUCGGGUAUCCGAUUCUCUUUCGAUGACGCUCCGAUCCCUUCGAAUCAUCCACUUUCCACUCUAUGCUUCACGCCGUCCGAGGUCUUGAAUCGCUCCGAGGUGGCAACGUAUCUUUGCACUUUGUUUCGGGAUGCCCAACGUGCACCGAUAAUCGUGGCUCUAAGUGUUUGCUUCGGUCGACAUUUUGGCUGGAAAUGGCCAAUUUACGAGGAUUCUGAGGAGGAAUGGGAGUGUGUUGCGGAGUUUAUGGAUACGCUUUGGAGGCGAGUCGUCCCUUCUUUCCGGAAUCGAUUGGGGCAGAAGGAUGCAGAACUGGAAGCGUUACGGAGGGAACCCCGAUCUUAA